AUGUCUCUCAGCGAGUCUGCCGCCACAGCUGUGCUGUCAGUUGCAGCUUUGGCGAGCGACACACCGGGGGGAGGACACCAACCGCGGUGGGACGAUCAAACAAAGGGUCAACGCGACCUUUACACGCAGCUUGUAAUCAGUGUUGCGGUGGGACUAUCGGCAUUUAUGGCAUUUUGCGUUUUGCGACCGAAGUGGACAGAGCUGUACGCCGCACGCAGGCGACAAUGCGGCGCGGCAUCGCAUCUACCAGAGCUCCCUGAUAGCUUCUUCGGAUGGAUACCGGUGCUACAUAGGAUAACCGAAGAAGAGGUGUUACAUUCUGCUGGCUUGGAUGCAUUUGUUUUCCUUUCCUUUUUCAAAUUCGCGAUUCGGCUUCUCUCCGGGGUAUUCAUCGUGGCCUUGGUAAUAAUUCUUCCCAUCCAUUAUAAAUAUAUCGGUAAAUCCGGCGUCCCGGGAUGGGACGGCAAUGAUGGCGAAGCUUUUGAUGGGGACAAGGACAAGAAAAAGCUGAUAUCGGAUCCCAACUACUUAUGGAUGUAUGUGAUAUUUCCAUAUAUGUUCAGCGGACUGGCCGUCUAUCUGCUCCUUCAAGAGACAAACAAGAUUAUCAGCAUAAGGCAAAACUACCUCGGAAGUCAAACCAGCACCACGGAUAGGACGAUUCGGUUGUCUGGCAUUCCCAAAGAGAUGGGCUCCGAGGAGAAAAUAAGGGAAUUUGUGGAAGGUCUGCAAAUCGGGAAGAUCGAAAGCGUUACAUUGUGUCGAGACUGGCACGAGCUAGACCUUUUGAUCGAUGAGCGACUCAAAAUACUACGCAAACUGGAGAGAGCGUGGACUAAGCACCUGGGAUAUGAGCGAGCGAAGUCUAACAUGAACACUCUACCCUUAGCAGUACAUCAACCUCGAGGCUCGAGCUUGGCAUCGGACGGAGACAGUGAUCGAAUCCAACUUCUUUCAGGGAGUGCACCGGCUCAUGUCUCUGAUUAUGCGUCAAAAAGGCCGACGGUCCGCAUCUGGUAUGGGCCAUUCAAACUGCGGUACAAGAACAUCGAUGCGAUCGAUUAUUACGAAGAGAAGUUGAGGAGAAUCGACGAACAUAUCCAGAUCGCGCGGGAGAAGGAGUACCCCCCUACCGAGUUAGCUUUUGUUACCAUGGAAUCCAUCGCUGCCUCGCAGAUGCUCGUCCAAACCAUUCUCGAUCCCCAUCCUAUGCGUCUUCUUGCGCGACUAGCGCCUGCCCCGGCUGACGUCGUUUGGAAAAAUACGUACCAGCCGCGUUCGAGACGAAUGAUGCAGUCCUGGUUUAUCACGGGUGUGAUUGGAUUUUUAACAAUAUUCUGGUCGGCUCUUCUGGUUCCAUUCGCAUACCUUUUGAACUUGCAGACGCUCGGCAAAGUAUUCCCUCAGUUGGCCGAUGCACUUGCCAGACAUGCUAUUCUAGGGUCUCUUGUCCAAACUGGUCUGCCGACCUUGGUUCUCUCGCUGUUGACCGUGGCUGUUCCAUACCUAUACAAUUGGUUGUCGAAUCUCCAGGGAAUGAUGUCGCGGGGCGAUGUGGAAUUAUCGGUCAUAUCCAAGAACUUCUUCUUUUCUUUCUUCAACCUGUUUCUUGUGUUCACUGUGUUUGGAGCAGCAACGACAUUUUACGGCUUUUUGGAUAGGCUGCGAGGCGUGUUCAAAGACGCGACCACCAUCGCGUUUGCACUGGCCCAAACAUUGGAAGGGUUUGCCCCCUUUUACAUCAACCUCAUCAUACUGCAGGGAGUAGGAUUGUUUCCCUUCCGACUCCUCGAAUUCGGCAGUGUCGCGCUAUACCCCUUCAAUUUUCUGACCGCGAGAACACCACGAGACUACGCAGAGCUGUCGACUCCCCCUACAUUUAGCUACGGAUACUCUAUCCCGCAGACCAUCCUGAUCCUGGUCAUCUGUGUCGUCUACAGCGUGUUCCCCAGUUCAUGGCUGAUCUGUCUGUUCGGGCUUGUGUACUUCACAAUCGGCCGGUUCAUUUACAAAUACCAGCUGCUGUACGCGAUGAACCACCAACAGCAUUCUACCGGGCGAGCAUGGCCCAUGAUCUGCAGCCGAGUCUUGGUUGGAUUGAUGUUUUUCCAGCUAGCAAUGAUCGGCGUCCUGUCCCUUCGCCGGGCAAUCACACGAUCAUUGCUCCUGGUGCCCCUUCUCGGGGCAACUGUAUGGUUCAGCUAUUUCUUUUCUAGGAGCUACGAACCCCUGAUGAAAUUCAUUGCUCUCAAGAGCAUUGACCGAGAUCGCCCCGGUGGCGGGGACAUCUCCCCUUCGCCGUCGGCAACCUUUUCACCCCCAUCUGGUCUCGACCGUGAUGCGCUCCCUCCCUGUUUCGGCACCCCGGAGCUGAACUCAAGGUUGAGGAAAUAUGUCAAUCCGAGUCUCAUUCUGCCGCUCAGCGACGCAUGGCUCCCAGGACACGGUCAACAGACCAAUGGUAUCUAA